UCCUGCAUUGCUGUGGUUGCUGAUCCGUUGCUGUCAUUUGCAGAUGCUUUUAAAACGCUUGUUUUAUUAUAAUUCUAAUAGAACCUAAAUCACAUGUUUUUCAUGUUUUCAGUUUCAUUCGUUUACAGGUUUAUUUAUAUAUUCAAAUAAAUAUAGUUGCAUAUUAAUAAUUAUUAUUUCAGUGUGGGUGGUGCAGCAGAUUUUCUUAAACAGCUGUAGGCCAAUUUUUCUUUUCAACGAAAAAAUCAUUUAAAUACUUAGUGUUUGUCCCGUUUUCUGCGCUACAAGUGCGCAGUCUCUCUGCCUUUAGACUCUUUGUCUCAUUUACUGUGCUAUGUGCUGACUCUCUCUACUGUUAGACUCCUUGGUCUGUUUUCCACGCUACAAGUGCACACUCUCUCCGCUGUUAGACUCUUUGGCUCGUUUAGAGCAAUGGAGACUUCAAGAAGAGCUUAUUCACCCAUAGUAAAACCAAAGUGUGAAGUUUCUUGGAUUCAUCCGCUCUGAAUGGAGACCGCAUCACUCCCGCCCAGUUUAAAAGGAUUCUUCCGCACGCUGGGUGCAAAUUACCCAUUCUCACCAGAGAGGGCACUAAAUCCCCCAAAUCCCAAAACUUACGGACAUCCGAUUUAAGUAGUUUGAAACCAGUACUUUUACUUAAAGAGUAAAAAGUUAAUCAUUUUAACUUCUAAAGAAGUAAUUCAAACUCUAGUAUCUAUAAUUCCACAUACAGAAUAAUGAAUGGAGAUACUUUACACACCUUUGCCUAUGAAUCAUGUAAAUGUGUGUGUCUGUGUGGUUGCAGUAGUGCGUGGAGAACAGUAGGGGGCAGUACUGUGUGUUUGUGUGUGAGUGUUUCUGCAGGUUAGAGAAGAAGAAGAGCACAUGGUGUGGGUCUGAGCUAAAGUCAGAUUAUGCUCUGGUUCCUGUAGGCUCUUCUCUGAGAUGGCCGGUGUGGAGCAGCGCUCGGUGUUCGAGUUUGCUGGGGAUCUGAAGCUCAUUAAUGGACUCAGAGAGGUUUCAAAUCUUCCAAGCCUUCAGGGAGACCCCCAGCCCACCCCAGAGUCCACCGCCUCAGAGGGUUUUCCCAAUGAACGCUCGUCCAGCAGGAGGGUGGAGGAGGGUGUUGGGGGAGUGUCGGACAGGAUGUUGUGCUCGGCGUGUCAGUGUCCGUUUGAAAGUCGUGAUGAGCAGAUGGAGCAUUAUAAACUGGACUGGCACCGGUUUAACCUGCGGCAGCGUCUGGCUGGGCGGGCGCCGCUCUCAGUGGAGGAGUUUGAGAAGAAAACGGGCACAGGUGACCUGUCCAGCAUUUCUGGCUCUGACUCGGAGGAUGACGAGGUAGACGAUGUUGGAGACGGAGGCCGUGGUGAUGAGGAGAACACUGAGGUGCUGGAGGGAGGGCGAUCAUCCAGCAGAGUGGUUUUCCAGAACUCUGAGGGACAGUACGUGUCCCUGUACCGCUGUGUACUGCAGAGCAACAAAACAGAAGCUGAGGUGGACCUGGUCGACUCCCUGCUGAAGAUAUCAGACAGGACAGUGUGGGUGAUCCUGAUGACCGGUGGGGGUCACUUUGCUGGAGCUGUGUUUAAGGGUAACGAGAUCCUGCAGCACAAGACGUUUCACCGAUACACUGUGAGAGCCAAACGAGGAACCGCUCAGAGCGUGAGAGAUGGUCAGAACCGCAGCCACGCCCCCAAAUCAGCUGGAGCCGCCCUCAGGAGAUAUAAUGAAGCAGCACUCGUCAAGGAGAUUCAGGAUCUGCUGAAGAACUGGGCUGAGUAUCUGAAGCUGGCGAAUGCUGUAUUCCUGAGAACUCCCAAGUAUAACCGAGGAGUGUUUUUUGGAGGUCGUGGAGCGCCGCUGGAGAAAAGAGACGGGAGAAUACGUUCACUUCCUUUCGCCACUCGCAGAGCCACCUUCAGCGAAAUCCAGCGCGUCCAUAACGUCCUCUCAACACUACAGGUUUACGAUAGAACUACAGAGAUCUCCAGCAUCCUCAGUCCGGGUAGGAGGGUGUGGCAAAGAAAGACUCCCAAUCCUGCAGCUCAUCCUCCCCAAAACCCAGCAGAGAAGGAUGAGGAGCAGAGCUCUGAUGAUCAUGAUGAUGAUGAUGAAGGCUCUGUAGAGCUGGAGAUGGUGAAGAUGAGUUUAAACACGCUGGAUUUGAGAGAAUACGAAGUGAAGCCCAACAAGAAGAGAAGAAGAAAAAAGAGAGAGAGGAAGAAGGAUGAUGUCAGCAGUAAGGUGGAGAAUGAGGAUCAUGAUGAUGAUGAGGAGAAGGCGGUGGAGGAGGAUGUUCCAAUAGAUAAUGAAGAGAAAACUAAACUGAAGAGGAAACCCAAAAACAAGAAGGAGCUUCCUGAAGGUACAGAAGGUGAGCUGUGGGAGUACAGUGUGAGGGAUGCUCUCUACACCGCCUGUAAAACAGGAGACACUGCCACAUUACACAGCCUGCUGCAGCUGCCUGAGUCUCCAGUAGAGCCCGGAGAUUCAGAACACCAGAACCCAACCCUCAAACUCCUCAACACCCCCAUCGACUCGGCCGGGUACACUCUGCUGCACGUAGCGUCGGCUGCAGGACAGAAACACGCCGUCCGACUGCUGCUGGAGGCCGGGAGUGACCCCGCCAGCAGGGAUAAGAGUGGCCAGACUCCGUAUGCCGUUGCAGAGAAGGAUACCAGGAACACGUUUAGGAAGUUCAUGGCUGAGCAUCCAAACAAAUACGACUAUGCUAAAGCUCAGGUCCCCGGGCCCCUGACGGCUGAAAUCGAGAGUAAGAAGGCGGAGAAGAAGAAAGCCCAGCGGGCGGCGAGGAAGCAGAGAGAGAAGGAGCAGAAGGAGGAGAAGAGGAGGGAGGAGGAGGAAGAGGAGGAGAGGAAGAGGUUUCUGUCUCUGAGCGACAGAGAGAAGAGAGCUCUGGCUGCUGAGAGGAGACUGGCAGAGCAGGCGGCUACUGAUGGAAUAAAGCUGACCAACAUCAAGCGGUGUUGGCAGUGUGGUGAAUCGCUGUUGGGGAAGAUUCCAUUUGAGUAUCUGCAGUUCUCGUUCUGCUCUCCACGCUGCGUCCAGAGCCACCGCAAGGCCAACGCCACGGCCAAACCCUGAACACAGACCGGACGCAAAAACUGGUGCUUUUUCCUCCCAAGCCGUGCUGUUUUACCACACACUCCCCCAUCAGAACUUCAGAGACAUAUCAGCUCCUAGUCUUACAGGAAGUGAAUGGAAGCAGAAUGUCUGAAGCUACAAAACUCACUUACCUGAUGUUCAGGAGAAUAUAGCCCUAUCCGGACAGGAUUAGUUUCUCAGGGGGACGUCUGUGAAAAAUAGUUCACACUUCUACUCAGUGAUAAAACUCCUGCAUCCGAACUGUAAUAAAAAAAAAAAAACAGGAGGACCAGUGAGUUUUUAGGCUUUUUUCUCGGUCACAUGACAUCGCGUUCAGUAGCUCCUCCAUUUCCACUGGCUGUUGUGUUUUUAACGUGGAUCUCCGUGGAAACAGAGCGCGCCCAAAGUGUAUUACUGUGCGUAUCAUUUAUUAAACGCGAGGAGACGAAACUCAGAGAUGUGCGGACGGGACUAAAAUUACCGGAGGAGCACGGAGUUCAGAGAAAAACAGUAGAUAAUUCAGCCUGUAAUUUUCUCAGAGGACGUCUGAGAAAAACACGUGCAUGGUUGUUCUGAAUGGGAAUUAAAUCACAGAGGACCCCCCAUAAAAAAGAAAAUUACCCCAGAACCCCCUGAGAAACUAAUCUCAUCCGGAUAGGGCUUAUGCUGCUGCCUAAAACCCAAACAACUGGUUUAUCAGAGUUCUGAUAUAAUUACGGGCUUACAGCAUUUUUUUAAAGUCUCAAAUCUUAUCAGCUGCAGGGUGUUGUGAAUAUAGUUGACUGGAUAAGUUCUCUAGAAUGGAGAGUUUAUCAAACCCAAUCUGAUUAACUCUAUCCUUGACCAUUUAUUUAAUCAUGCAGAUUUUACAAUUUGGUGGACUAAGUGUAAAUUAUAGUCAAAAAUGAAAUAAUUUGCAUUAUACAUUAUUUAAAAUGCUAAGUUGACACAAACUUUUGAUUGGUAAUGUGAAAAUGAUAUGUUUAAAUGUAGCCAGUAAAAGAGUAUGUAUAUGUAUAUACACACACACAGUGUCUUAUGAUGAAGUAUAAUAAGUAAAACAGAAUAAUGGUCUUAAAAUGUCCUUUAUUAAUUAUAUAAAAAGUGACACUUGAAACAAUACUGUCUAUGCUGCUGUAAGGCCUUCUGAUAUUCAGAAAAAAAAAAUAAUACUAAUAUUUUUCCCCUCAGGGUCUACAGUGCUUAACUGUUAAUCAAAAAUCUGUUGAUAAUAAAAGUGUAAAUUAUUUACA